AUGGCUGAUGAAGAGGUGGAGUACGCAGCAGGCAACAACCAGAACGAGCCGGAGCAAAACAUAGGGUCCAGACACCAGAGCAAGGCAGUUGAUACAUUCCUGCCCGCCAAGUUUUGGCGGUCGAGUGAUGAAAACAAUCUGAUCAUCGCGCGUUUGUCUCUCGAACGAGGCAGCGCAGAUGUGGGGACAUUGGAGCGAGAUCUCGGAAUCUAUGCUGCUACUGGUAAAAUACUAGUAGAACUCACGUUCUUGGCACUAGGGAAUUCUGAUUGGGCCGAUGGGCCCCCCGCCUUGCGCGCGUCGAUUACUGUGUAA